UCUCUCUCCACGAACUUUCUCUUUCACACACUACACACAGUGAGCACGUCAUCUAACAGACAAAAACGCGGCCCUGCUCUCCAAAAAGCAUCACCUCCAAUCUUUCUCCGGUGAAUUUUGUGCACAAAUUCUCUGAUUCAUGAUUUUAUGGUGUUUGAUUCAAGUGUGGACGAAGAAUUUUGUGGAUUUGUAUGCGUAUAGAUACAUUUAGUGUAUGUAUAUACCUUCAUCUUCAAUCGCGUUUGUUGUACUGAUUGCUUGAAACUUGAGCAGCAUCAGAACCGCACCGACACCGGAAAAGCUAAUUUUGGAUCGGUUAUAACUUCAGAUGGCGAAACGAGGAUAUAAAUUACAGGAAUUUGUGGCCCAUUCUGCAAAUGUGAACUGUAUAAAAAUUGGGAAGAAGACACAUCGAAACUUCAUUACAGGUGGUGAUGAUGAAAAAGUAAAUCUUUGGUCAAUUGGGAAGCCAUCGGCUAUAACGAGCCUAAGCGGUCACACAAGCCCUAUUGAAUCUGUUGCUUUUGACUCGACAGAAGUUUUCGUGGCUGCUGGAGCUUCUUCUGGCGUGAUAAAACUUUGGGAUCUGGAAGAGAUAAAGGUGGUUCGUACACUUAAUGGACACCGAUCCUAUUGCACUGCUGUUGAAUUCCAUCCCUUUGGUGAGUUUUUUGCAUCGGGUUCCAUGGACACUAAUUUAAAGAUAUGGGAUAUCCGAAAGAAAGGGUGCAUUCAUACAUAUAAAGGACAUAGGCGAGCAGUUAGUACCAUCAGAUUUAGUCCUGAUGGUCGUUGGGUGGUAUCAGGAGGACUUGAUAAUGUUGUAAAGAUAUGGGACUUAACAGCUGGAAAGCUUUUACAUGAGUUCAAGUUUCAUGAAGGGCACAUUAGAUCAAUGGAGUUUCAUCCUCUUGAGUUUCUUCUAGCGACAGGUUCAUCAGACAGAACUGUAAAAUUUUGGGACUUAGAGACCUUUGAAUUGAUUGGAUCAACUCGACCAGAGGCAACAGGUGUACGAUCAAUUACCUUUCACCCAGAUGGGAGAACUCUGUUUUGUGGGUUGGACAGCAGUUUAAAGGUCUAUUCAUGGGAGCCUGUCGUUUGUCAUGAUGCUGUUGAUAUGGGAUGGUCAACAUUGGGUGACCUCUGCAUCGACGAUGGAAAGCUUUUGGGAUGCUCAUAUUAUCAGAACUCUGUUGCAGUUUGGGUGGCGGAUACUUCGCAUAUUGAACAGCAUGGACAUAACAUCUUAGCUGAGGACGCCCAUGUGCAGCCAAAAAUUAAUCUCCGGGAAGGUUUAACAGAGAGAGUUGGGAAUCCCAGAAGGCCCACCAAUACCAUGUCUCCAGAUGAUGAUCCAAAGGAUAUAAAGAAUAUAUACGUGGACACUGCAGGCGUGACUCCUGUGGCUUCAAGAAAAACUGGGUCUUUACCAACGGUUGUGAACUUACCAGACCCCAAAGAGAUCGAUGAUUUGAGUACCCGUAAACAAGUUCCUGCAUCCAAAAUUAUUGGGCAGGCCGAUGGUAAUUCCUUCUUCAUGCCUGUUAUUGUGCCUCAUGACAAUUCUGCAAAAGACUCCGCCAAGUCUAGGACAGAAUCAAUUGUCCAUGAACAGGAUACCGCUGCUGCACUUAAGCCACCUCAUAGGUGCAGGCCAUCAACUACCAAAUUAGAUAUAGAAGGGCUAUCAGUAGCUGUAGAAUCUGGAUUGAAAAGUGGAACAGAUACUGCUGCAGCUACAAACUUUCAGAAAAGGCUUGUAGCAGAUGCUGCUGCUAAAGAUUCUUUCAAGGAGAAAGCUCCAACCUCUACAGGUGUUGUGAAAGAGUUUCAAAAGGCUUCAUCUCCAAGUAUACUUCCACAGGAAAACCGUGAUGGGUCUGUUGAUUCAAACGAGGAAUCAAAAUCUGUUAAAUAUGUUAAUGGAGUCGCAGUUGUGCAUGGAAGGACUCGCAGUUUGGUUGAGAGAUUCGAAAAGAGAGAAAAGCUAAAUACAGAUGAAUGUCAAACGCCUGAUCUAGCUCCUCAUAUUUCAAGUAACACAGAUAAGCCUGCCCUAAUGGUAAAACCGACACUUAAUGUUGUCCCUUGUGCAAUACCUGAAGCUAAAACAUCUCCGGUGUGUGCAAAGACACCUGACGUGGUGCCUUUUGAAGAACCUAAAGCUAAAACGUCCCGGAUGCAAGUAAAGAUACCUGAUGUGGUGCCUCGUAAAGAAACUGAACCUAAAACAUCUCAGAUGCCCGUAAAACCUCGUGAAGAACCUGAACUUAAAACAUCCCAGAUGCCCGUAAAAGCACCUGAUGUAGUGCCUCGUGAAGAACCUGAACCUAAAACAUCCCAGAUGCCAGUAAAAACACCUAAUGUAGUGCCUCAUGAAGAACCUGAACCUAAAACAUCUCAGAUACCCGUAAAUCCUCGUGAAGAACCUGAACUUAAAACAUCCCAGAUGCCCGUAAAAGCACCUGAUGUGGUGACAUCCCAGAUGCCCGUAAAAGCACCUGAUGUGGUGCCUUGUCCAGUACCUGAAGCUAAAACAUUCACCGUGCCUGAAAAAAGGCCUAAUGUGGUCUCCAUUGCAGCAACUGAAGCUAAAUCAUCCUCAACAGUACAAAAACCUGAUUCGGGCCCAAACAUAAAAUCUGAGGAAGCUAACUCAUCCCCUGCAUUGGUUAUACAGAGACCUAGGACUGCCCCUAGUAUGUUACCUGAGAAAGGUAAGGCCUCACCCAUGCAGAGAUCUGCAAGUACUCGACGUCUAUUUCCUGAUAAAGUUAGAUCAUCUCCAAUGAUGGUAGCACGGAGAUCUACAGCUUCCUCGCGCAUAAUACCUGAAAGAACCAAGACCUCACCCAUGUUGGUAGUUCAAAGGCAUGAUACUCCCAAUCGCAUGAUACCUGAGAAAGCUAAAUCAUCUCCAUUGCUGGACGAUAGCCCACAGACUACUGGGAGAGGUCUGACAUCUAAGAAAGAAGAUGAUGUCGCGGAUGAGUUGAUGCUAAAUCAUGAUGCCUUUUUAAGCAGUCUCCGGUCCCGGCUGACAAAGCUUCAGGUGGUACGGCAUUUUUGGGAGCGUAAUGAUGCAAGGGGUGCUAUUAAUGCCUUGCGGAAGUUGCCAGAUCAUGCUGUGCACGCAGAUGUGGUCAAUGUUCUGACGGAUAGAAUGGAGUUUUUCACUUUAGAUCUCUUUGCUAGCUUGUUGCCCGUGCUUUUGGAUUUACUGGAUAGCAACACAGAGAGGCAUAUAAGUGUAUCACUAGAAUUGUUAUUGAAGCUUGUGGCGGUCUUUGGGCCUGUAGUAAGUUCGACAAUUUCAGCACCUCCAACCGUGGGCGUUGAUCUUCAUGCAGAGAAAAGGCUUGAAAGCUGCAAUCAAUGCCAUAUUCAGCUCCAGAAGAUCAACAAAUGUCUCCCGGCUAUUAUAAGGCGGGGCGGUUUGCCGGCAAGAUGUGCUCAAGAACUAAACGUUAUUCUCCAACAAUCAUGAUUACUUCCGAGCACCACCACAAUUUUGUCUCCGGGAUUUCUUUCCUUUUACGAUAUCUUGGCUGCAAGCGAAACCGACAAACAGCCUGUAGAUAAUCGGAGGAAGCCCGUUUUAUAACGGCCAAUCGGGAUCAAAACUUGACCUCUAGCCAGAAGUAGCAUUAGCCAUAUGUAAUCAAUCUUAUGGUGUAAAUUAAAUGUAAUUUGCAAGUAAGGAAAAUAAGGAUGAUGAGCGUAGAUGGUUGUUUCAGUAAUAUAUCAUGACAAUGGAGCAUGUUUUCUGGACAAUCAUGCCAUUGGGUUAUCUUUUUUGUACUAAUUAUCCAAAUUAUGAUUACUUGAAAUUAUAUAUUUUCAAGUUUUUUAC